AUGACAACCUCCAGCGAAAGACCACUUGUUUACGAGAACCCGGAAAUCGAUAACCCAGACACUCCAGGCUCCACGGUCACUUUAAAGUAUGGCCAUGGGCCUUUGCCUGAGCAAUUGAAGAACAAGAAGAUAUUCUUCUUUGAUAUCGACAAUUGUCUUUAUGAAAGGUCGACAAAGAUCCACGAUAUGAUGCAGGUGAAGAUCCACAACUACUUUAAGAAGAAUUUGCAGUUGAAUGACGACGAAGCACACCAAUUGCACAUGAACUACUAUAAGACGUAUGGAUUGGCGCUUGAAGGGUUGGUGAGAAACCACCAAGUGGACGCCUUGGAGUAUAACUCUCAGGUUGACGAUUCGCUUGAUUUGAAGUCGGUUUUAUCGUUCAACCAGGAAUUGCGUGAUAUGGUUAUCCAGAUCAAGGAAUCCCAUCACUAUGACGUUUUGUGGCUUAUCACCAACGCCUACAAGAACCACGCCUUGAGAGUUGUUUCUUUCCUUGGUCUUGGCGACCUUUUCGACGGUUUGACCUACUGUGACUACUCUGAGUGCCCAAUUGUUUGCAAGCCCAUGGACGAGUUCUUCUUCAGGUGUCUUGACACAGUGCAAGUGGACAAGAAGGACCCAGCCGCUUUGGGCCAGCUUUCGUUUGUUGACGACAGCGAAAUCAACGUCAAGGCAGCAUUCGAUCUCGGCUUCGGCCACGUUUUCCACUACGUCGAAGUCGAGAAAGAGUACGAGCAGCUCAAGCAGAAAGACGACUACUCCAAGUACUACGAAGGGUCCAGAAAGAUCACCAUCCUUCGCAACAUCCUCGAACUCCAAAAGUACGCCUGA